ACUUUCUUGUGGAUUAACAUUUUCCCUUCUCCCGCUUCUCAUCACUUUUAGACACCCCAGACGCCUCUCUCUCUCUCUCUCUCUCUCUCUGCUGCUUCAAUGGCGACUCCCACAGCUCCAAGAAGGGUUCUUUUGCUCUGUGGGGACUACAUGGAGGACUCUGAGGCGAUGGUUCCGUUUCAAGCAUUGCAGGCAUACGGGAUCUCCGUCGACGCCGUCUGUCCCGGGAAGAAGGCUGGCAAUGUUUGUCCAACAGCUGUCCAUCAAGGCUGUGGCCAUCAGACAUAUUCUGAAUCACGGGGUCAUAACUUCACAAUCAAUGCGGCAUUUGAUGAGACUGAAGCAACUAACUAUGAUGGACUGGUUAUACCAGGAGGACGGGCUCCAGAAUAUCUUGCCAUGAAUGAAUCUGUACUUAAUUUAGUGCGCAAAUUUUCAAACUCUGGAAAACCUAUUGCCUCCGUUUGCCAUGGGCAACUGAUCUUGGCAGCAGCUGGCUCAGUUAAAGGUCGAAGGUGCACAGCCUAUCCUCCUGUGAAACCUACUCUCAUUGCUGCAGGUGCUCAUUGGGUGGAACCAGAGACUAUGUCAGCAUGUGUUGUUGAUGGUAAUCUAGUCACUGGUGCAACCUAUGAGGGGCAUCCUGAGUUCAUCCGGCUUUUUGUGAAGGCACUUGGUGGUAGCAUAACUGGUUCAGACAAAAGGAUUCUGUUUCUCUGCGGGGACUACAUGGAGGAUUAUGAAGUGAUGGUUCCUUUUCAGUCCCUUCUCGCCCUUGAUUGCCAUGUUGAUGCAGUUUGUCCCAAGAAAAGGGCUGGUGAUGUCUGCCCAACAGCUAUUCAUGACUUUGAAGGUGAUCAAACUUACAGUGAGAAACCGGGCCAUAAUUUCACCCUAACAGCUAGCUAUGAAGGUUUAGACAUUUCAAGCUAUGAUGCUCUCGUGAUCCCUGGCGGCCGAGCUCCAGAAUACUUGGCAUUGGAUGAGACAGUAACUUCUUUGGUGAAGAAAUUCAUGGAUGCAGGAAAGCCAGUUGCAUCCAUCUGUCAUGGACAGCAGAUUUUAGCUGCUGCUGGUGUCCUCAAGGGUAGGAAAUGUACUGCAUACCCAGCAGUGAAGCUGAAUGUGGUUUUGGCUGGAGCAACAUGGUUGGAACCUGAUCCCAUACAUCGUUGUUUUACUGAUGGAAAUUUGGUGACAGGGGCAGCUUGGCCAGGCCACCCUGAAUUCCUUUCUCAGUUGAUGGCAUUGCUUGGCAUCCGGGUCUCAUUUUAAUUACGUCUGGUUGGCUGUCCUGCUUGUCUGCAAACCUCUGUGUUUGGUCAUUGGCUGAAGUUGAGGCAUAUCGGUUUUGUUUAAUUAUGUUUCCUGCUUCUCUGUAAAUGAGUGUAUCUGCGCAACAAUACUGAAGCGUGCUUAAAAAAUGAAAGCUUUUUAAAUAAAAUGCAUGGUACUAUGCUCUAUUUUCUGUUGCA